GACAGCGGAGGCCUCACACUAGCAUUUAAGCAGAAGAGCCAUUGAGCGAAAGCGCAAAGGAGAAGAUGGCGAGUGAGGAAGAGAGCGCCGUGAAGGAGCCUUUGGAUCUCAUCAGGCUCAGCCUCGACGAGCGCAUUUACGUCAAGCUCCGCUCUGACCGUGAGCUCCGCGGUAAACUCCAUGCUUAUGAUCAACAUUUGAAUAUGAUUCUUGGUGACGUCGAAGAAAUCGUUACUUCUGUGGAAAUUGACGAUGAAACUUACGAAGAGAUUGUCCGGACUACAAAGAGGACAGUUCCAUAUCUGUUUGUCAGAGGGGAUGGUGUCAUCCUUGUUUCCCCUCCACUAAGAACAGCUUGAUUAUAAUGGGUGAAGAACAGCUGGAUUGGGCUACUUGUAUUCAACUGAAAUCUGUUCCAUGUAUUCUAAUUUUAGUAAUCUGAAUGAACGAGAUUCAUGAGUCAGUAGGCGUUCAACUGUACUUUUGAGGCAGCUAAAAGAAUGAGAUUUUGUUGAAA